CGCCAAUCUACGAAUAAAAUAAAUUCAAAGUGGAACUAAUUCAACGCCAUUUAAAUAAAAAUUCAACAAAAUGAUGUCGUUCAAAUCGUUUGUAUUGCUUAGUUUAUCACUUGCUGCCAUCACCGCAUAUGUGUACGCCCAGGUUGCGCCGGGCUCAAAUGCGUAUUUACCGCCCACCAAGAAUGGAUAUGAUUAUCCGGAACCUAAUAAACCAUUCCAACCCGGCCCACCAGGUAGAACCCCCGGAAAUGGUCCUCGCCCCCCACCAUCUCCUCCACGCAACAUUCCCGGCCAACCUGGUGAUGAUCACGUACAUGUGCCCGGCAUGCCGUUCGACUUUGAGUACGCUGUUCAGGACCCAGAGACGGCCAACGACUAUGCACACAAGGCGUCCAGUGAUGGCGAUGUGGUAACCGGCGAGUAUCGUGUACAGCUUCCCGACGGACGCACUCAGGUUGUACGCUACACGGCCGACUGGAAGACUGGCUACCAUGCGGACGUCAGCUACGAGGGCGAGGCUCAGUUCCCACAAGGACCCGCUGCUGGAGGUCGCGGUGGUGGCGGCGGUGGUUCAGCUGGCUACAAGUACUAAAGAUAAAUACUCGCAUCGCGUUUUGAGUAUGUGUGAUGUCAUUUUUUGUUGUGAAUUCCAUUUAAAAUGUCUAAAAUUAAUGGUAUACCAGUAAAAAUUAUUGAUAAAUUUGUA